GGGCAAAAAUUGUGUCCUAAGACGAUGGAAAACUAUGUGGCAUCGAUGGUGCUGAGCGCAGUUGGUGACACACUAGGUUAUUGCAACGGGAGAUGGGAGUUCCUGCAGAGUGGCCCAGCCAUCCACAAGGAGCUGGCAGAGAUGGGGGGACUCGGCAACCUCAGCAUCCAAGGUUGGAAAGUCAGCGAUGAUACAGUGAUGCACUUGGCAACAGCUGAAGCCCUGGUAGCUGCUGGGAAAAACCCAAGUUUAGCGCAUCUCUAUUCCCUGUUUGCAAAGAAGUACAAGGAAUGCAUGAAUGACAUGCAGGGCAGAGCUCCAGGUAACUCCUCCAUAAUGCUUGUGCUGAAGCUGAAGCCGGAGCGGCCGGAUGGCUGGAGGAUCCCAUUCAGCCUGCAGGCAGGAGGCUGCGGUGCCGCCAUGCGCUCCAUGUGCAUUGGGCUGCGUUUCCACCAUCCUGCUGAGCUGGACACCCUGGUGCAAGUCAGCAUCGAGAGUGGCCGAAUGACCCACCACCAUCCCACCGGCUACCUGGGGUCCCUGGCUUCAGCCCUCUUCACGGCUUUUGCGGUGAACGGCGUGCCCCCUCCGGCCUGGGGGAAGGGGCUGCUGGAGGUGCUGCCACGGGCGAAAGCCUACGUGCAGGACACUGGCUUCUUCGUGGAGGAGAACAUGGGGCAAUGGCAUUACUUUGAAGAGCAAUGGGAAAAAUACCUGGCGGAGAGAGGCAUAUCAGAUGGGGUCUCACCACCCGCCUUCCCUCCCAAGUACGGGGUGGAAGAGAGAGACUCGUUCUACACAUCUCUCAGCUACGAUGGCUGGGGCGGCAGCAGUGGGCAUGACGCCCCCAUGAUCGCUUACGAUGCGCUGCUGGGUGCAGGGGACUCCUGGGCAGAGCUGGCUCACCGGGCUUUCUUCCAUGGAGGUGACAGCGACUCCACUGCCGCUAUUGCAGCCUGCUGGUGGGGGGCCAUGUAUGGCUUCCAGGGGGUCAGUGCCUCCCUCUACACCCACCUGGAGUACAAGGAACGCCUGGAGCAGGUCGCUCAGGACUUGUACCGCAUCACCUAG